AUGGACAACUGUACUGCGUGCAUGGUGUGCGCUCUCAGGGAGUCGAAGUACCGCUCCUAUAUAGCAUUACUUCCAAGAAAACGGAGGAGGUUUACAAGAAGAAUUUUCGGGCACUUGAAAACAAACAUGACCGGCAGCAAUAAAAGAGGUUUUUCCGGCAGCGUCAGUGUGGGUUUCACCUUGCCCAAGCGUGAAAUCGCAGCUGCAUUGCCCUUGGCCUCAAGAAAUACAUGCUUGGACCGGAAAGAGAUGAUCGCAUCGUGGGGUGGUGGGAAACUACUUAGAGCGUCUGUACAAGGGUGUGGCUUUCACCUUGCCCAAGCGUGGAACCGCAGCUGCAUUGCCCUUGGCCUCAAAAAAUACAUCCUUGGACCGGAAAGAGAUGAUCGCAUCGUGGGGUGGUGGGAAACUACUAGAGGUACGCCAUUCCUUCGUGCAUUGCCACCGCGUAUGAGGGCUCUUGCAUUUAACGACAUAUCUGCCAGACGGCUCGGGGUUCUCAUACAUGUAGAUCAUCCACCACUGAGUGUACUUAUCGACACUCUUCGGAAGCUCAGUUUCGAGACACGUGCUACUCUCACACGCCUGCAGGAGGUUGGAAGUUGA